UUUGCGCGCGUCUGUCGACCUGCUUCGUUUUCCGACGUCGUAAAAUGGAGAGACAAAGGAAGAUAGCUGCUCUGAAGCUGCUCAUCAUUCUCAAGAGACGGCAGGCUUUCCUGAGAAAGUAUUGGGUCCGGCCGACAUGGACACAGCGAGCGGACGAGAGCGAGUUUUUCACGGCGAUGAAACACAUGAAGAACGGUGACGAGUCGCUGUUCUACAUGUACUACCGGAUGUCGCCGGAUACCUUUGACAUGCUGCACGGCUUGGUGCGGGAGGAGCUGACAAAGGAUAAAUGCCCAUCGAGGGAGCCCAUUUCUUCUGGCGAGCGCCUCGCGCUGACUUUGCGGUUCCUGUCGUCUGGUAUGCUGGUAAGGGACGCAGCCAUGGCAUUCCGUGUGGGCAUCGAGACGGCACGAAACGUCAUCAUCGAAACCUGCACCGUGCUGUGGGAGGUUUUGUCCCCUGGAUACAUGAAGGUAUGCAUACAGCAUAGAGCAGGUGCAGCGAUGGGUACAUUGUAAUGCGCAUUAUUUUUUGCUUAUCCUUGCCAAGGGUGUUCAUAAUAGCUUUUGUAGGGUGCCGGAGAGCAGGUCUAGUUAAUGUCAGCUCGAAUAGUGGGAACACAAAAGCUGCGUUUUUGCUUGUGGCACUAUCAAAUUCAUUUACCUAUUACUUCCUUGAGCUUGUUGAAAGGUAUUUUUAUUUAUGCCUCUGGGUUGCAUGUUUCAUGCAAAGUUAAAUGACAGAAGUUUGAUAUGGCUGUGUAAAUUACAGCACAUGUCAUGGUGUGGGGUUUGUGUGAUGUGAUACCAUAUCGCAUGCAAAGGAAAGGGUGGCCCGUAAUGUUAAAAAAGCAGGAGUACGUUCACCAGGUUAUGGUUGCAACAACAUAGUGUCAAACAUGAAAUUACUGUUUUUGCAGACACCAACAGAACAAGACUGGCGAGAAAUCGCCGAUGGGUUCUGCAGCCGUUGGCAAUUCCCAAAUUGCCUGGGAGCGGUCGACGGCAAGCAUAUCCAGAUCAAGUGCCCCCGCAACGCUGGAAGUAUGUACUUCAAUUACAAGGGAACCCAUUCCAUUGUAUUGAUGGCUGUGGCUGACAGCCAGUACCUGUUCAGGCUGGUGAAUGUGGGUGCACCUGGGAGGUUUAGUGAUGGGGGAAUCUUGCAAGAUUCUCCCAUCGGCGAACGACUGCAUGAGGGCGAGCUGAGCCUACCUCGAGCAGCCACGCUCCCAAGGUCAGGAAGAGUUUGUCCUCACGUGUUCGUUGGCGAUGAGGCCUUCCAGUUGCGCCCAGACUUCAUGAGGCCACUGCCAGGGAGCCGGACUGCACCUGAGGAGGUGAUCUACAACUACCGCCUCAGUCGUGCAAGGCGCUGUGUGGAAAAUGCCUUCGGCAUUCUCGUAUCCCGCUGGCGGAUAUACGAGAGGCGCAUAAACAUGGAGCCUAAAAAUGUCGAGACCAUCGUGAAGGCUACAUGCGUGCUGCACAACUUCCUGUCAUCCAAUGCUGCAUCAACCUACUGUCCUCCGGGGUACGCAGACUUCCAAGACACCUUUGGGACUGUGAGCGGUGGUGCCUGGCGACAAGGACCAGAGAGCACUACAGUGUUCGGGUUGGAGAAGCCGAAGGCCCGCAACUGUGCCAAAGUGGCCAAUGCAGUCAGGCAGGAGCUCAUCAGGUACUUCAGCGAUGAAGGCCAAGUGCCUUGGCAAUGGAAGCUGCCCGGAGUUGCCCCACAUCAAGCUUCGAGUGGCUAAAUCAUGCCAGUGCACCGGCAACAUAAUCGACACAAACGGCCCUUUUCAGGGCUACCGACUUGAUGCUUUGGCAGCGAGGUCCUACAUUGGUGUUCUCCUCCUCCGUAACCCCUCUUUAAUAUAUAGCAUGCUUUGCAUUGGACUGUGGCGACAAUGGGAACAGCUGCACGGAUACAUAGCUCGUGCAAGCUUGUCGAGGAGGGUUGAAGUACACAGUUCCAAAACAGAACUUUAUUGCACAUUUCCUUUUGUAAUAGGAUUCCUUGAUUAACAGUGACAAGUAAAUGAGGUAUGCUC